AUGAUGAUAAUGUUCGUAUUAGUACUUGCUUUGGGCACCUCUAAAAGGGUCUUAGCAAGUGAUCCAGACAUUCUUUCUGACUAUAUAGUGCCUCAAAAUGUCACAAAUGUUGAUGCUGCCUAUUUUACAUACACUGGAUUCCGAGGUAUAUUUGAUCGUACACCCGAAACUGUCAUAGCAACAAAAGCCAGCAUGGUUGAGUUUCCUGCUCUCAAUGGCCAGAGUGUGUCAUACGCUGUACUUCAAUUCCCUCCACAGACACUCCUCCCGCCUCAUACUCGCCCCGAUGCCGCCGGACUUUUGUUCCUUUUAGAUGGUUCCUUGGAAGUAGGCCUAAUCGACACGAAAAAUAAUCUGUACACUAAGAAGCUUCAGGCCGGAGAUAUGUUUGUGUUUCCCAAAGGAUUGAUACAUUAUCAGUAUAACUCUCAUCAUCAAACUCCGGCUACCGCCAUUGCUGCAUUCGGAAGUGCAAGUGCCAGAGCAGUUGCGGCGCCAUCUUCUGUUUUUACUUCAGGUAUUGGCGAUGUCAUCCUUGCAAAAUCUUUCAAGACUGACGUUGAUACCAUUAAGAAGAUUAAGGCUGGCCUCACUACCAGCUAA